GACACCUUCCAUUUGCAUAUACAAUGGGUUUUCUAGACAACGUCGAACAAAAGGAUGUGGAGUGAUUAUGAUUGCAAUAUAUGACCUGGGUGCCAGCUUCACUCUCUCAUCUUCAUUGAACUCCCUCGACUGCGUCGAGCCCUUUGUCGCGAGCGACGUCUCAAUUAUUUCUGUUUCUUCGUCACUCACUUUCAGCUCGAGCAAGGCACUCGACAGUGUUUUAACAUUACUCAUUUCACGCAGGCCUUCAAGUUAUCUAAACAUGUUAUUUGUUAACGUCAUUUCAACCAUCAUACUGGCAGGUUCAGUUGUGGCCAUCCCCUAUCGUGUCCCACCCCGUCAAAGUAAGCGGGAUGUCAACCCUGCGCUAGUCCCAUCCUUCGGUUGGCAAUCUGGUGUUAAUCCAGAUGGCACCGGAAACUGUGACGGUGCUGUGAACGGCACUAAUGGGAAACCUAUCCUAGUGCCUUGCCAAUGCCCGCCAAAUUCAACGUUCUUCCUUUCUAAUCUUAAUAAAAACGUGGCGGCGGGCUUUGUGACGACAAACCCCACCGUAAAGCUAUCUUUCCCAACAGACAAUAGCACUGCAUCUCAGCUUGCUCGUUUAAAUGCAGCAGCGGUUACCUUGCAAAACCUUGAAGGUCCCGGUGUUGGUUGCCCAAUUUCUUCUACCACUUUUUCUGCACAGGGGAAAGCGAUCAGUGCAGAGACCUCUACCAAUGGGUCUUCAACCACACCCGCAGAUUGCGGUGUCCCAACGAGCACUUCUGGCAUGAGCACCGCCGUCCCAACAAGUGUCACUUCAACCAACACUUCCGUUUCGCCCACUGAUGAGCAGAUUGCCACUCUGGCUCCGCCACUUGGAUGGCAAGCUGGAAUCAACCCAGACGGUACUGGUAAUUGUGAUGGUGCCGUCAAUGGUACAAACGGGAAACCAAUACUCAUACCCUGUCAAUGUCCCCCUGAUCAGGCGCACUAUAUCGCGAACCUGACUGCUAAUAUUCGCGCCGGCCAUGUCAUCCUCAAUCCCACGGUGCAAAUCACAUUUCCAACCGACAAUACUACAGCCUCGCAAAAUGCGCGUUUGAAUGCUGCUGCUGUUACAAUACAGAACUUAAAUGGUGCUGGCAAGGGCUGUCCGAUCGUGUCUACCACGUUCAGUGCACAACAGAAGGCAAUUAAUGCCGAAAGCACUUCUUAAGUGAUUAUUCUGGAGAUCAACGUCUUUGGCACCCAGCGGUUCCAGAAACCGCUGUAUCGGUUUUUUCGUCCAUGUUGUAGCAAAUAGCAACUUUUCGUUAUCGUCGUACGAUCAUCUUGUUUGUGUGUUGGCCAGAAAAAAAUUAGGGAAUAUUGGAGUCUACAGCUUCCGAACUCCGCUCCGAGCCAAAUGUUAUGGAUAGUGAUCACUCUCAG